UCUGUGAAAAACAGGGAGUAAUAAGAAACAGCAAUUCCCAUUAAAAAAGAAGCGUAAAAGCAAAGCUUCCAAAUUCGCAUCAAUGGCGACCAACAGCUCCACUCCACGCGCUCGCCCUCAGUACUUCCCCCAUCACAUUCCCGACCCCUCCUACGUCCGCAUCCUGGACACCACCCUCCGCGAUGGAGAACAGUCGCCCGGCGCCACCAUGACCGCUCAGGAGAAACUCCGCAUCGCGCGGCAGCUGGCCAACCUGGGCGUCGACGUCAUUCAGCCGGGCUUCCCCUCUGCCUCUGACGACGACUUCAAGGCCGUCAAAAUGAUCGCUCAAGAGGUCGGCAACACCGCCGGUCACGACGGACACGUCCCCGUCAUUGCUGGCUUUUGCAGAUGCGUUAGAGAAGAUAUUGCAGUUGCAUGGGAGGCUGUGAAACACGCGCAGAGGCCUCGCAUUUGUACUUCCAUUGCGACCAGCGGCAUUCACAUAAAGCACAAGUUGCGAAAGAGUAAGAAGGAGGUUAUUCUGAUAGCCAGGGAUAUGAUAGCCUUUGCAAAGAGUUUGGGUUGCAAUGAUAUUCAGUUUGGUGCUGAAGAUGCUACCAGAUCUGAGAGAGAGUUUCUGUAUGAAAUUCUUGGAGUAGUGAUUGAAGCUGGAGCAACAACUGUGAACAUAGCUGAUACUGUGGGCAUAUUAAUGCCAUUUGAGUUAGGAAAACUGAUAACUGAUAUAAAAGCCAAUACCCCAGGAAUUGAAAAUGUUAUUAUUUCUACUCACUGUCAUAAUGAUCUUGGUCUUGCUACUGCCAACACCAUAGAGGGUGCUCGUGCAGGUGCUAGGCAAUUAGAAGUAACAGUUAAUGGGAUUGGUGAAAGGGCUGGCAACGCUUCAUUGGAAGAGGUUGUCAUGGCCUUGGCAUGCAAGGGAGAUCAUGUCUUAAAUGGUCUCUAUACACGAAUCAAUACACCACUGAUAUUGGAGACAAGCAAAAUGGUUGAACAAUACUCUGGUAUGCAUUUACAACCUCACAAGGCCCUUGUUGGAGUUAAUGCAUUUCUCCAUGCUAGUGGCAUUCAUCAGGAUGGGAUGCUAAAACAUAAAGGGACAUAUCAAAUAUUAUCUCCUGAGGAUAUUGGGCAUAAAAUAACCACUGAAAUUGGUAUUGUGCUGGGAAAGCUGAGUGGACGCCAAGCUUUAAGAAAACGAUUAGAAGAGCUGGGUUAUGAACUUAAGGAAGAAGAAGUUGAUAGUUUGUUUCUGCCCUUCAAAGCAAUGGCUGAGAAGAAAAAGGUUGUAACUGAUAUUGAUCUCAAAGCAUUGGUAUCAUAUAAAGUUUUCAAUGCAGAACCGAUAUGGAAACUUGGUGAUUUACAAGUGACUUGUGGGACUUUGGGUCUUUCAACAACAACAGUAAAACUUGUUAAUAUUGAUGGUACUACACAUGUUGCUUGUUCAAUUGGCUCGGGAGUGGUGGAUUCAGCUUACAAGGCUAUCAACAUCAUUGUAAAGGUUUGA